AUGUCACUCACAAAUGCUAUCCACGACUCCCUCCCCUACAUUGACGCUGAGCCUACGCCUUCAGAGCGUGCCGCCGCAUUGGCCCUCAUCGUCGAAGAAGUCGGGUCAGAACAAACAGACAGCCACCCCUCCCUACCCCCCUUAGCACCACAGCACUUUUCCCCUCUGAUCGAAUCAGAGCUCCUCCGUAUCGAGAACAAACAGCCCCUCGCGGCCAUUGACCGCAACCGUUACGAAGCUAUCGAGCCGCCUACUACGUCCCCGCACAGCGAUGGAAGGCCUCCAGAAACUUUGAUGGCCUGGAGGGAAGCAUUGCAGAAAGCCUACACGUCACAAUCCUACCUGGUCGGACGAACAACAAAUUUAGCAUUGUUGGAGAAGUACGGGAAGAAUGCCUGGCUGAUUGGGAAUGCACAGCUGGAAGAUGUGUUGAGAGGACUAGAGAUGGAGUUGGGGGAGAGGAAAGCGGAGGUCGAUGGCGUUGUUAUUGAGAGGAAGAAUGCACAGGAGGCUGUGGGUGGUGAGGUAAAGGGCUUGGAGGAGGCAUGGAAGAGGGGCGUGGGUAGGGUGCUGGAGACCGAGGUUGCGGCUGAGGGCGUAAGGAGGGAGAUUUUGGAGCAGAGAAGAGAGGGUGCACGAUGA